GUGGUAUUUCCUGUGAUUGUGUGCUGUGAUAUGCGGGGUUGAGUUAUGAGGCCAGUGUGUGCUAACCACAUUCCUGAAGGCUAAUCUCGAGAAAGACACAGCGAGAGAGGGAAGACAAGCAGGGGGGAGUGGGAGAGGGAGAAGCAGGCUCCCCGCCGAGCAGGGAGCCCGAUGCGGGACUCGAUCCAGGGACUCCAGGAUCAUGACCUGAGCCGAAGGCAGUCGCCUAACCAACUGAGCCACCCAGGCGCCCCGAAGUCUGAAGCCUUUGUCCUCUGCUCACCACUCAGCCAAGAGGCGUCAUUCAAGGCCAGGAGCAAGAAGACUUUUUCUCUAUGCCGGGAAGUCCCCAAAGUAGGGUAACGCACACCCUAAGACAAGACAAUCCUUUGAGGGGCAAGGGUAAUGGGUUGAAUUGUGUGUCCCACCAAAAUUCAUAUGUUGAAGUCCUAAGCCCCAGUACCUCUGAAUAUGACCUUAUUUGGAGAUAGGAUAUUUAUAGAGGUAAUGGAGUUAAAAUGAGGUCAUUAGGGUGGGCAUAAAAAAUAUGACUAGCGUCCUUAUAAAAAGGGGAAAUUUGGACACAGACCUACACAGAGGGAAGACAAUGUGAAGAGACACGGGAAAAAGACGAGCCAAGGAGAGACGCCUGGAACAGAGGCACCCCUCACGGCCCUCAGAAGGAACCAACCCUGCCAGCACCUUGAUCUUGGACUUCUGGCCUCCAGAACCCUGAGACAGCACAUUCCUGUUGUUUAAGCCCCUCAGCGUGUGGUUCUUUGUUAUGACAGCCCUACCAAACUAAUAUAGGUAGGAAGAAAAUAUCAGAACUUUAGAACUUUCCUUUCUAUCACUAUGGUAGUUUGGCUUUUUUUUUUCCUUUUGGUAGUUUGGCUUAUUUUUUUUUUAAGGUUUGUGUAUUUAUUUGAGAGAGAGAGUGGAGGAAGGGGCAGAGGGAGGGGGAGAGAAGCAGCCUCCCCACUGAGCACAGAGCCUGACACAGGGCUCGACUGCAGGACCCAGAUUAUCAUGACCUGAGCCAAAGUCAAGAGUCGGAUGCUUAACCGACUGAGCUCCCCAGGGGCUCCCAGUAGUUUGGCUUAUUGAUCCUAAUUCAUCCCUCACCUGGAGUAGAAGCAGCACUGAUUACCACGUGACUUUGCAGUGCCUCCCACUGUGGGUGAAAUAUACUCCCCCCACCCCUGGGAAGUUGGGCUUGAGCAAGAUAAUUACCAGACGUGGCACGUGAGCCGACACUUUAAAUGUGUUGCAUGGUAUGGUUUGCCCUCUUGAGCUUCUGCCAUCACUAGGACAAGAACAGGUCCCAGGUGGCUGUAGUCACAUCAGCCAGGGCUCCAGACCUGCACAAAAUCUGUGACCUGGAGCUCUUUCCAUCUCCAACUGUCAUAGCGAGAGGAGCUGCUGCCAUGUCCGUCCACCUGCAAUGGAUGGUCAGGCAGAACUGCUCCAGCUUCCUGAUGGAGAGGAACAGGCAGACAUACAACACCGACCCCAAUAAUCUGAAGGCAAACAAGUCCUUCCACUACAACGGGCUGAUGCACCACUGGACUCUGGGCAUGGAGCCAGGACCUGACAGCAAAGGUAUAGUGGUGGUCAUGAAGCAGAGAUCCCGCCAGUGAAAACCCAUCACCUCCUACUUGCAGACCACCGUGAACCAGAAUGCCCGGGCCACCCUCGGCAGCAUCAGGCACAUGAUCUGCAAGAACAAGUACCGCCCAGAUCUGUGCGUGGCUGCCAUUUGCACAACCAGAGCCAUCCUGCACAGUCAGAAGCCCGUGAUGGUGAAGAGGAAGCGGACUGCCCCACCAAGAGCUCCUGAGCACCAGCCCCCCACCUCCAAAGCAAUAAAGAUGUCAACCGCCUCAAACAAACAAACAAACCCCCCCCCCCCAAAAAAAACCCUGUGACCUGGAACCACUCCCGGCCAACCCGCAGCCUGAAAUAGCCAAGCCCAGCCAAGAUCAAUCAACCCCCCACAACCCUGCAGGACCAUGAGCAAGAAAAAUAAAUG